CAGCUGUGCCUUCUUCAAGUACAGCCGCCAUCAAUCCGCAUCCCAGGCCCGAUCCUUUUCUCACGCAGGUCAAUUCCAGCCUUUAAGCCUCUCUUCAAUUAUUUUCUCCACAUUUCUUCAUUUUUCUCCGAUUGGGACAUCGUUGUUAGUUGAUUCGGAAAUUACCUGUCUUCGGAAGGUUCUCGUAAUUUCAACUUCACUACAGGCUUUCAGUUCUUGCAUUCAACUCAGCAUGAUUGCUCAGCUAGAUUUUGGUUCAUAAUAAUUGACUUUAUAGAGUGUCGGUGCGUUAAUUUGAGAAUUACUUCACAUCUAUGGGAUUUCUGGGUUCUGGGAAGCUGGUUGGUAAUGUCUCAAGACAGUUCAGAUACUUCUUCGGCUUGCUGCUCAAGAUCGGAUCAUUUGGAUUCAGCUUCUGCUGAGCUCAAGCUUUACCGAGCCUUCAUUUUCUCUGUACCCAUCUUCUUCACUUUCAUCCUGCUCUUUCUGUUCUACGUGUUCUACCUUCGACCUCGUCGGGUUGAUUGGUCGUCUCUAAGGAUGAGAGCGUUUGCGGCUGCCGAGGAUAAUGACGGUAACUCCAGGCAGUCUGAAUUGGGUUUGAAGAAAGAACUGAGAGAGAUGCUGCCGAUUAUCGUUUACAAAGAAAGCUUCUCAGUUAAAGAUACACAAUGCUCAGUUUGCCUUUUGGACUACCAACCAGAAGACAAGCUUCAACAGAUACCUGCAUGCGGCCAUACAUUUCACAUGAGCUGCAUUGAUCUUUGGCUCACCAACCACAGCACCUGCCCUCUCUGUCGCUUGUCCCUUUUAGCUUCUGCUAAAUCUUCAACUGAGACAUCUAAUUUACAGAGACCAUCUAGCAAUGAAGAAACACCAACUGCACAAUUCUCUGAAUCAAGAUCUACAACUCAUCCAGAUAAUAGUGUUGCCCAAAGUUGCUCUAGAGAUAAUGCAGGCAGUGCCCACUGUAUUGAUAUUGAAAGAGGAAAUGGAGAAACCAGUUAGAAGAGGUGUGGAGACGUGAGAGGCUUGUUAUGGUAAUUUUCGGGUUGAUUUUAUAGUGUCUUCAUCUGUUUGUGAAACUAAGUGAAACUAAUAUAUCAUUUAUCAAUAAAGGUAUUUUGCAACUUUUAGAU